AUCCAAAAUAACAUCGGUUCUAGUGAAUUAUCUUCCUGCAAGCCAUGCUCUUUUAAUAUGGCUUAAUGCCGGUUGAAAAAUGUUAUGUUAAUAUUGGUGUUUUGAUAUUCUACUAAAGUUACUAGUCAAGAUAAGGACGGAUCUAUAUGCUUGAUCUGUCAACGUCACAUGACAUCUUGAGCGUGUGUAACCACAAUCUUAUAUCCAGCUGUUAGCUAACGUUAGCUAGCUAGCCUUGGUUAUAGAAUAUAUCAACUGUGUUGUUGUGCACGAUGCCAUUAUCGUAUUAUUUUAGCAGUACAUUUAUUUGUCAUGGCCAAUGUGUACUACGAUCUCCUGUCAAAUCGUAUGCAGCAUACAAAUAAGCAUAAUCUGAAGACCAAUAUGGUGACCUAUUAAUGACAACCCAUGCACCAAAAAUCGCUAUGGCUUUUUAGCUGCUAAUUGAACUGAAAUGUACUGUAGCUAUAUACAGUACGUUUGAUGCGAGUUCUUCGUCUCAGUCUUUGCAACGGCGAUGGUGCAGCAGCAACCUUCUCUCGACUUUGACAUGAUUUAAUCCGAUUUGCUGGGCUUUAUUUUUAGGGAUGGGAAAGACGCCUGCUGUGGUGAUCCCCCGGCGGCACCUCAGUGUUAGGUAGUGAAGGCCAAAGGCAAUGCAGUCUGCUAACUGUCAUCUGGGCAACCACCAUAUACAAUGAAGAAGAUAUUCAACUUCACCAAGAAAAAGAAAGGAUUCUCACCUAACACCUCGGACACUGGGAGUGUGCUGUCUGUGGGCUAUGACUUGAAGGAGAAGGACCUUGGAAAGGUACACAAGGCUGCUUAUGGGGGUGACUUGGCCAAACUGAAGCAGCUGGCCAAGAAGAAUGACAUCAAUCAGCUUGAUAAGGAGAACAGAACAGCACUUCACAUUGCCUGUGCCAAUGGACAUACAGACGUGGUCCAGUUCCUGGUUGAGAGCAAAGCCAAGCUCAACCUAUGCGACAAUCAAAACAGAUCCCCGUUGAUGAAGGCAGUGCAGUGCCAGCAGGAACGCUGCGUGGCCACGCUGCUGGAGCAUGAUGCUGAACCUAAUCUGGUGGACGUCAAUGGCAACACGGCCCUGCACCUGGCCUCCUGCAUCCCUGCCUUCUCCACCGCUAUGCUCCUGCUGGAGCACGAGGCCAAUGUCAACGCCCAGAACAAGGAGGGAUACUCCCCUCUGACUAUGGCAGUGAAGGAGAAUCAUGCCGAGAUGGCCGAGUUUCUCCUCAAGGAGGGGGCCGACGUCAACACUAAGGACCAGGGACACAGGUCCCCAUUGAUGAUCGCUGCUUGCAAUGGACAAAUCAGUAUGGUGCGGCUACUCCUGCAGUACGACGCAGACAUCACCUUAAAGGACAAUAAUGGAUGGUCGUCCGAUGACUAUGCUGUGAUGAACGGACACCACGCUUGUUCCCAUCUUAUUAUUGAGCAUGGCACCAAGAGGAAGUCCAUGCCGUCUCCCGCCCACGCCCCUGCCAAAAAGAAGCAAGCUUCCAUGUUGUGCAGCCCUUCCGAAGAAGCAGGCUUCUCUCUGGGGGGACCAGCAACUGACAAAGAUGAGCAAGGAGCAAGUGAAGGAGGGAGAGAUGUUGAAGACAAUUCGCAAACGGAGUCAAUAAGUCGGGCGUCAAAAAGUGCGGCUGACGAUUCCUGGCCAUCCUCAGAUGAAGAGGACGAAUUGGAUAUAACCCCAAAGAAACAUCCAAAGCUAAACCUAAAGAAACUGAUGAAUGCCUCCAAAAAGGGAAAGAAUGACGAAUACGACAGAGCGGAGCUGGAGGAGACUCAGGGGAGUGAGCUGUCCUCCGAGCAGCCGUCUGGUAGUAAGGCGAGAGGUAGAGACUCACCUGAGGAAAGCCCUGAGGGAGACAAUGAGGAUGAUGAUGAAGAGGACGAAGAUGAUGACGAAGACGAUAAAGACUACGAGGAUGAAGAUGAUGAUGACGAUGAGGAGGAAGAUGAGGAUGAUGAUGAUGACUAUGAAGAAGAGCAGGAAGGUGAAGAGGAGGAAGAGUGUGACGUUGCAGCAACUUCGGUCAAGGCAGAAGGAAUUGGAGCAGAGGAAGUGCCCAAAACGUCCAGUGCUGAAGCUGUUGAUAUUGUUGAUGAGGAUGAUCAAACUAUUUCCGCUAUUAAGGUCUCUGAUACUGUAGUAGCUGAUUCAGAACAUGUCGAUCCAGCUGGAGAGAUGGGGGCUCCUAAGAAUGUUUCCAAUGCGGAGAGCCAAGCCAAUGAGAGAAUGGUUCCUGAGAUUCUAUUUGGAACAUCAAACUAUGGUAUCCCAGCGACUCUAGAUGUAGAGGAGGACUGUGUGGUGUCAGCCAUCAGGGUAGAGUCCAGGUUUUCAGAUGAAGAGGACAGUUUAGGUUAUGAGCUAAAUGGGACAUCAGAUCAUAAGUUUGUUCCAGAGGCAGGUUUUCCGGCAGUGCCCAAGACUCCCCCACACAGCACAGGAGUUCUUCCAUCACAGAGAAACUGGGAUGAUUUUGAUGAUGAUGAUGAUGAAGAAGGGAUUGGUGAGGAGGAUGCACCUGCAGACUACUGGAGUGAUGAGGCAAAGCUUAUUGCUGAUGAUAAAGAUAUCAGAGAAACUUUAGAUCAUACCUCAACUCUUGGGGAGCCGAAAAACACAAGCACAGUUUCUCAUGGUGAAACGCAUAGGUCAAGAUCUUCAGACGAUUCCUUUGAUUCCAAAAAUGAUGAUGAUGAUGAUGAUCAUGACAUUGCUAAACUAAAGGUAGAUAAAUGCAAAUCCUCAUGGUAUUCCCACUCAGAUGAAAAUGACAAAGUCGAUGGUGCCUCAACAACUAAAGAAGAUGAGAUAAUUGAUGAGAUUCCCCAUCUUGAAGGAGAAGAUCUAAUAUCAGAUUUCCAACUAGAAUCAUCGACCUCCCCCGUGCAAAGCAUAUCACCAAAGUGCAUCUCACUAAAACCAAAGGUAGAUGAACCCAAGUACUUCUGGAAUUCUUCAUCAGAUGACAAUGUCAAAAAAGGUGCCUCACCCAUUAGAGAUGAAUGUUUAGAGGUUCAUGCUUCAGGCAAGUUGUCACCAAGCCUGAGUGUCGCAUCACCAAGAAUCCGGGCCGAGGACCAACAGCGUUCUGAUGAUUCAUGGGAAGACGAAGAUGUGGUAGAUGAAGUUGAGGAGAUGCCAAAUGACGAUGCCUCUCCUGCAGAGUCUCCAGAACCAGGAGAGAAAAAGGCUGCCAUGAAAGAAUCAUUUGAUGAUGAUUUACCAUUAAUUGGUGAACAAGUUGAGGAUAAAAAUAAGUAUGAUGAUGAUGAUGAUUACUAUGUGAAUAGGGAUGUAGCAGCUACAGGGUCUCUUGAACCUGAAGAAGCUAUUGCUCCCAUUCAACACAAGACAGAUGAGAACUCUCCUCGUAAAUGGACAAGCCCUCCAAGGUCCCCCAGAAGAGAGAUAAAGGACAUGGACAAUUUGGAGAGAGGGCCUUCAACUCCAAGAGAUUUGCUAUCACUAAUAUCCAGGCCUCCGAGUGCAAAUGAGCAGAGGUUGACAUCAAGAGACUUGCUAUCACCAAUAUCAAGGCCUACGAGUAAAAUAUUGAGGCCUGCAAAUACAAAUGAGCGGAAGUUGACACCAAGAGAUUCACAAUCCCCUAUAUCCAGGCCUGAGAGUACAGAUGGGCGGAAGUUGAAGCCAAGAGACUCGCGAUCACCAAUAUCCAGGUCUACGAGUGCAUUAUCCAGAUCUACUACUGCAGACGAGGAGAUGUUAAGUAAAGGGGCUGAUGAGCUGGAUAUCUCUCAACCCCAAAAGGAUGUUGAGUCAGAUGAGUCAGUUCCUGUGUCGAUGAUUGAUGAUUGGCAGGAUGAAAAAGAGAUGGCAGACGACAAGGGACAGGAUAAUGCCAUGAAUGACAAAGACAAAGAGGGAAGCGAAGACACUGACAGCCAAAACCAAAAACUGCAAUAUGAUUUUGCCAGUGGUACUAUCAAAGUUCCUGAUGAGGGAAACGAUUCUCAUAACACACUAGGAAUUCUAGGAGAAGAGGACAUUGAGAGCUUUGUUGAGAACUAUGAUGUGAUAUCAGGUAGACUUCCAGUGACACCAAUAAAACAUAGUCUUGAGACUCGUAAAAUGUUUGGAAAUACUUCAAGUGAAGACGAGGCUGCCUCAGACCUUGAUUCCGAGGAUGACCCAACGCCUGAUGCCAUGAAUGCUGCUCAAACUCCAAUAGAGGAUAUAGAUGAAAUCUCUGACGAACAAGGUGGACUUGACCAGGAGACUACUGACCAGAAUGACCCUGGUGAAACUCAUGAGGACAAACCUGAGAAGGAUGCCGUCGAGCUACAGAGUACCCACAGCAAAGUCCGUACUUAUGUCACUGCUGUUCAGCAGCAUGAGUCUGACAUGAGCGAUGGAUUUUCAGAUCAAGAGGAAGAAUUGCCUCAAACAGACAUUGAUGAUGUCGAUGUUGAUUCGCCCUUCGAGGAUGAGCCAGAGUACGUUGAAAGGGCAACAUUAGAGGUUAGAGACAAUGAAGACCCAGUCAAAGGCAUCAAUCUGCCUAUCAAAUGGGAAAAAGAUUCCACAGAGGAUGAAGAAGAUUAUGACGAAGACAGAGGUGGUGAUGAAGAAGAUGAGGAAGAGAAAAGCUUCAAGGAGGAGAUGGGAAAGACAAAAUAUCAGACAGAAGAGGAGAAAGACGAUUCCCUUGUCGAUGAUUCACCAGUCCCUGGAAGUGAAGACACCUCCAAAGAAAAACAAAGAGAUUUUCUUUCUGAGUUGGGUCUGGAGAAGGGAGAUGAUGAGGAAGACUCAUGGGACACUGAGUCUGGCUCUGUUAGUCCCAGAAAACAGCAUGGCCGAGAUCCUGCAAAGAUGCCACAUGUUUCCGUUAUUUCAGGGGAGAACAAAGAAGUUUUAAGAAACUAUGAUAAUGACGCCGACAAUGACAAUGUCCCAGAAAAGCCAGAGAAAAUCAAAAGGGAAACUUUGUCCAUCUUGACCAAGCUUGAACUGUCCAAAAAAGAUGCUGACAAAAAGACUGACAUAAUGGAGGAGCUUGGGUUGGGUGAUGUUGAUGAUCUUGAAGAAGCUAAAAAAAAUCGAGCAGAUGCCUCUGAUUGGGACACAGCCAGCACCGCCAGCAGGAGAACCCUCCCCGGCCACGAAGUGCCUUCCCCCGGUGGCGAGGAGCUGAGGGUGGAGGCCUCUUCCCGAUCCCCCAUCCCUCUGCCGGCUGUGCAGGAGCCAGAUGCAGUAAUAGCGGAGAGGAGCGGUCCUGAGGAGAAAAGAGACUUUCUUUCGGAGAGACCCCUCCCAUUGGCCAGCCCGCGCUGCCUUACCCCUCAAACCCAACCCCAGCCCUGUGCUCGGAAGAUGCUGCUCCAGAGAACAGAGAGUGAGAAAGACUUUGAUUGGGAUUCCGACCACGUGAAUACCUCUACCCCCAGCACUGGAAAGCAACUACCAAACGUAACAGAGACCAUCGCAGUUUUGAAACCUAAUAACCCUGUGCGUGAGCCCUCACCAGUGAAGCAAGAGAGUGAAUGCAGUCCAGAGCCCGAGGAGCAGGCACAAGAGGAGAAAGACGUUGCAUCAGAGUUAGACGUAAGUAACCCGUACCAGCUUGACCCUGUCGGGUCCCAAACUGUGGAGGAGCAUGAGGAGUACAUCGAGAAAGAAGGGAGAUAUGUAGUUGGAGAAAGUGAGGGAGAUGGUAAAGAGGAGGAGGAAGAGCCAGGCUGGCAGAAACGUUAUGGGAAGAUCUGGGUGGAGUUAGAGAAGAGGGAGGUUAAGUCCUCCUACAGGAACGUGGCGGCCGAACUGAAGGAGAAAUUUGGAAAAUUUCCAGCUGAAUCUGCCUCUGACGAAACUACAGAAGAAGAAGAAAAAUGGGAGGAGAACGUAGAGAUAGUUGAAUCUCCCGCCAGAACCACUGAGGAAGAGUCCAGCAACAAAGAGCUGGGGGAGCCUAUGGUCUGUCCAUUGAGCAGGGCAAGGAGGAGUAGCAGCAAUGCAGUCCUGCUGACCAUUCUUGAGCAGAGGGGGUCCGGGCUGGAGGACUCUCUGACCAAGUCGGCUGACAACUCCAACUCUAGCCCAAACAAAGAUGCCACUACCAAACCAAAGCCUGCCGCAGAGGAACGUUGGCCAGGGCAAGUCCAACAGAACGAUGAGAAGAGCCCCUCCAUGUACGAAGAAGAAACCGAAGUGCGUCCCUCCCAGUCUCAGCCCCCCUCAUUGAGCAAUGUGUGUCCCCCAGCUCCUUUCCUUCCCUCAGACGAAGAGCUGGAAGAGGACCUACAGAGGUUCAAGCACGAGGUAGGGAUGCUGAAGGUUGUGUUCCUGGAUUUGGAGAAAGAGAAGGCCCUGCUCUGGAAAGAGGUGGGCGAAGACAAGACAAAGGCCAACAUGGAGGUGCUGCAAAAAUCAAGUGCCUCACGGGUUGCCGGAGGAUCAAUGAGCAGACGGUGUGAACGUGAACUAGACGAAGAAGAGGAGAAACCUGAGACCAGUUUGGGACACCCUACAGUGUCACGCAGUGGAAAUGGAGCAACAGAAAGUGAACAUCUGUUCAGAGCAACAGACCGUAUUACCCAAAGACACUGGUCCAAAAGUCCAAAGAGGGCCCUGGAGGACCAACUACAUCAUCAGCAGCAGAAGAAGGAGGAGGGGAGAGCUGUAUCUAACGAGGCCACCUUACAGUUACCCUUUCUGGGGGGAGCCAGGCAUGGCCCAGCCCCCCAGGCAGCUAACCAUGUUAACGCAGGAGACCCCCUCUCAGUGUUUGACGAUAGUACUUUAAGUCAAGUGUCGGACGAUGAUGGAAGGUCUCUAUCUGCAUGGCAUCAGAAAGACAAGACUGCUGGCGAGAUGGAGAUGGCGGAGGACUUUGAUGAGCUCACACAGUCAUCGGACACGGCCACAUCUGACCUCGAAGACCCCACCUCUGGCUACCGUCACGCCUCUUUUCUCAUCAAACAGCUCGACUCGGCCACUUUAGACUCUGUGAGCAUCGUGAAGCUCCAGAACAUGUUCCACGAGUAUGAGCGCACCAUCCAGAGGGAGCGGGGCCGCCAUGGGCGCCUGUCUGACAAGGUGAGCCAGCUGGAGGCCGAGCAGUGCGAGCUGAUGGCCUCACUGGAGGAAAGCCGGGACAGCAAGCAGGCCCUGGAUCACCGGCAGCUUGAGUUGGACACGGACCUCAACAACUUUAAGUUCCAGCUGAAGCAGGAGCAGGAGAAGCACCGGAACGCCUCCAUGCUGUAUGACAAGACCCGGGAGAUGCUGCGGAGGAAGGAGGAGGAGCUCCGGGCCGAGGCAGAGGAGAAGCACAAGGUGGAACUGGCCAUGAGGAACCUGGAGCUGGAGAUGAGGGCCAUCCUUAACAACAUGAAACAGUCGGAGGAGGACCGCAGCGAGACCCAGAGGCUGCUGACCCAGGAGCGAGGUGCCCGAGCUUUGUCUGAGACCCUCCUCAACAAUCACCUCCGCAAGCAGCAGGAGAUCGAGGAGGAGAACAGGAGGACCGUCAGUAAGAGCAACGAGGCCCUGUCCCAGUUGACGGAGGCCACCGACCGAGAGAGGGAGCUGCUGCAGCAGAGCUCUGUGCUCCAGGACGAGCUGAGCUCCCUGAGAGCUGAGCUGGAGCGCUCCUGCUCCCACAGUCGCCAGGAGGAGUCCCGCCACUCCGAGGAGAGCGAGGCGUUGAGGGAGCGCCUAGAGGACGCCCGGCGCGACCUCAAACUCAACGAGGAGGCGCUGGCCCAGACAGUCUACCAGUACACCAGCCAGGUGACCACCGUCAAGGCCGAGCUGGCUGUGGCUUCCACACGGCUGGAGCACGAGCGCCAGGCGAGGGAGCAGCUGGAAGCCGAAGGUGAGUCAGCGAGGACGCGGCUGAUCGGCGCUCUUCAGGAGGCAGAGAGAUGCCAGGCAGCACGCGCUGACGCCGAAAGGGCUCUUCAUCGCGAGCGCGAGGGGCAUCAGCGUGCCCAGGACAAGCUUAUGGGCGAGGCGGCGAACAAACGUGAGGCGGUGGGCGGGCUGUCGCAGAAACUCGCUAAGGCAGAGUCGCGUGCAAACAGCCUCGAAAAUGAGGUGCACCGCAUCACAAUGUCGCUUGCCGAGAUGGAGCAUGUGGUCGCCACGCUGCAGAGGGACAAGGACCAAAUAGGGGGGCGGGUGAAGGAGCUUGAGGCAGCUCUUCAGACGGAGAGGGAGCAGGCUGGGAGAGUGUGCGCCCGGCAGGAGACGCUGCAGGAGAGGCUGGCGGCGGCACAGAGCGAGGCCAUGCUGCUGAGGCAACAGCUGGAGGGGGCCCAGAACAAAGGGAUGGCGAAGGAAAAGGCAGUGACGGACGCCCAGGAGCGCUUUGGCGACCUGCUGGCUAAGCUGCGCUCCGACGGGGAGGAGCGUGUGCAGCUGGUAGAGGAGAGGAGCAAGGAGUUGGCCACCAAGGCUGCCGACCUCCGCGACCAGGUCUACAAGCUGGAGGAGGAGAAGAACGACAGAGAGACCGGUUUGAGGCAGCUGCAGCAAGAACUCGCCGACUCACUGAAGAAGCUGUCGAUGAGCGAGGCUUCCCUGGAGGUGAACACACGCUACCGCAAUGACCUGGAGGAGGAGAAGGCGCGACUGCUCAAGGACAUGGACCGCCUUAAGGGGAAGCUGGAGGAGAGCGAGGACCAGUACGUUCAGGCGGAGCGGCGCAUCAAAGCUCUGAAGAGCAGUCUGGAUGAGAAGGAGCGAGAGGUGGUCGCCGCCUCUCAGAAACUGCAGGAGGUGCUGUCUGCCUUUGCAGGCUCAGACACCACCAUUAAACAGCUGGAGGAGGCAGUGCAGAGAUUGGAGAUUGAGAAUGCCAGGCUGGAGGCAGCAGCAAAGCAGCAGACCAACAAGAUCGAGGCACUGCAGAAAGGAGUCCAAGACUCUGCCAUGCCAUCUGACUCUGCAGCAGGAGGAGGGGUCAGGAACCGUCUGGAGGACUUGGUGACUGGCCUGCAGUGCAGCAAGAUGACCCUGGAGGACCAGCUCAGUCAGGAGGUGCAGAAGCAAAGCAUGCUGUCCCAUAACGCCCAGGACUCCCAUGCGCUGUGGGAGGAGGAGCUGAAGAGCCGCUCCAAGCUGGGUCUGCGUCUGGCUGAGCUGGAGAAGGAGAAAGGAGAGCUCAGCAGCCAGAUGGAGUUGGAGAAGAAGAAGGCCAAGAAGAUAGCGGAGCAGAAAAAGUCUGUGGACACCAGACUGGACCAGGAGAUGAAGAGAAACACGGAACUACAGAAAGAAAUGUACAGGUUGCGGACACUGGUGAAGACGGCUAAGAAGAAGCUGCGGGAGCAGGACGGUGCCGGGGCUGAGUUUGGAUCGCCCAUGAGCAGCAUGAGAGGGGAGAUGGGCCACAGACAGACUGAGGCUGACAUUGGCAGGAUGAAGGACAAGGUGGAUGACCUGUCGGUGCAGCUGGAGAAGGAGGUGUCUCGCUGCAGCCAGCUGGAGAGGAUCAACGGGGAGCUCAAGGAGCAACUGGCCUCCUUGAAGGGCCUGGGCCGCAGCAACGAGCGGCUCGAGCGUAGCAAGAGGCACCUGGAGGAGGAGUUGUUGGGCCUGCGGCGGCAGGUAGAGGCGGGGGUGAUGGACCAGACCCUGGUGGAUCAGUACCGACGAGAUGCAGAGGAGAGGGCCCGCCAGGAGAUCAGACAGAAACUGGAGGAGGUCAACCUCUUCUUACAGACCCAGGCGGCGUCCCAGGAGGCGUUGGAGCAGAUCAAGGCGGCAAACGAGGCCAGCUUGCGCUCCACGCUGGAGCAGCGUAUCCGGGAGCUGGAGGGCGAGCUGGGCAGAGCGCACUCCACACAGCACGACAGCAUGAGCCUGCGGGACUCCACCCGCACAGAGCUGGAUCGCUACCGGGAGCUCUACACUGAGGAGCUGCGUCUCCGCAAGGCCCUGGCUGCCAAACUAGAGAGGUCCAAUGAGCGGCUGGCGGAGGCCAACACCAAGCUGAUGAGCGAGCGCCACCGCAGCAAGUCCCUGAUAGCCAGCAGCAUUGUCAACGGCAGCCUGGGCGGGCCUCUGGACAUGGGCUCCCUGGGGUCGGUAGGGGCCUACGGGGCAACGCUGGGGCCCCUCAACAGGAGCCUGGGAGGGCCUCUCCUCAGCCCCCUGGGGGAUGGGGGUCAGAGCAGCAGGGUGGAGGCUUACCUGGCUAAGAUGCAGAAUGAAUUGGAGAGAAACAUAUCAAAGGAGUUGGACCAUGCGACAGUAGAGCUUGAGGGCUCUGCCCGGAUGUCUCCGGUGGGCUCUGCCUCGGGCUCCCCUACUAGCCUGGGUUGGGGUCUCAGUGUGGUGGAGGACCCGGUCAGCAGGGCCACACAGCAGUACCUGGAGGUGCUCAAGAAAAACUAUAUGAUUUGACCAACCCAUAGCAGGGCCAGGCAUCACUGGGCUACCCAAAGGGAGCCACAACUGUCCACUUUACCAUGACCUGGGUGGUGUUUAUUAGGUCACGCGGUGGGAAACGUUUUGCAAUGGAAGGCAAAAAUGACAUUUUGAAGUCCAGGUAUUCCUUCCGUUUCAGUCUGUUUUCUCCCGUUUGGUGUUCUAAUGAACAUCACCCAGGGCCUCAUCAAUGCAUGCUUACAUAAAAAGAACAUGCACAUUGAGAAAAACACUAAAGGCCAAAGCCACUCCACUGACACAUUCCCCCCCCCCAAAAAUGUUUAGUCUUUAUUCUACGUCUUUUAAGAAAGGAAACGGAUGUGAUGCACAUUGCACUUACAGUGCAUUCGAAAAGUAUUCAGACCCCUUGACUUUUUCCACAUUUUGUUAUGUUACAGGCUUAUUCUAUAAUGGAUUACAUUGAUUUUUUUCCCUUCAUCAAUCUACACACAAUACCCCAUCAUGACAAAGCAACAACAGAUUUUCAGAAAUGUUUGCGUAUGUAUUUAAAAUGUAAAACUGAAAUAUCACAUUUACAUAAGUAUUCAGACCCUUUAGUCAGUACUUUGUUGAAGCACCUUUGGCAGCAAUUAUGGCCUCGAGUCUUGUUUGGUAUGACGCCAGAAGCUUGGCAUACCUGUAUUUGGGGAGUUUCUUCCAUUCUUCUCUGCAGAUCCUCUCAAGCUCUGUCAGGUUGGAUGGGGAGUGUCGCUGCACAGCUAUUUUCAGGUCUCUCCAGAGAUGUUAGAUCGGGUUCAAGGCUGGGCCACUCAAGGGUAUAUCUAGUGAAUUGUCCCGAAGCCAGUCCUGCGUUGUCUUAUCUGUGUGCUUAGGGUCGUUGUACUGUUGGAAGGUGAACCUUUGCCCCA